AUGAAUUAAGAGGACUUAAACUAUUUGACUUAUGGAUCAAUUAUUUCGAUAUCUCAUGUUUUAGAUGAUCAUUCUUUCAUAACAGCAGAUGGUUUUGUGAAGCGGGCUGUUUGUUUAAAGAACUUUCAUCACGUAGAUGUGGUUGAUGCAAAAUAAGCAGGUAAUAUGAAGAGUAGACCUUAUUACCACACUCUAUUCUAAAUAUUUCCAAAAUUCACAAAUAAUACAAAACAAGAAAUUUUAAAGGAACUUAUUGGAGAAGAGCAAGAAGAAGAAGUUUAACCAGCAGUUCAGAAUAUUUUAGAAAGCAUUUAAAAACAUCAAAAAGUGGAUGAAAAGACGAUUUUGUCAAAGGAUCAAGUCUAAUAAUUUUCUCAGAAAUUAUUAUAGGAGUUCAAAUAUAAUCUCGACACAUUUGAAAAAUCUAAAGCACACAAAGUGUCAUAUAAGUCUCAUAUUUAAUUAUUGCAUUUGGCAUCGUCAAAGUUUUUGGCUUGUCAUCAGAAGGAGGCUAGAGUAGAAACCUCAAAUUAUAAAAUUACACUAGAUGAAUUACCUAGUGAUUCCUCAUUAUUUAAGAUCUUGCCAGCUUAUAAAUAUUAGAAAGAAGGUGAGUAAGUUAUUUAUGCAAGUGAUAUUGUAUAUAUCGUAAGAGCAACAUCCUUUAUGAAUAAAUUGACAUUUCUGCAUGCAUCUUAAGAAAUGGGAAAUUAUGGUAAGAGUAGAAAAUAGAAAAAGAGUGAUGAAGAAUUAUUAAUAUACAAAAAUGAGAAAGAUAUAAUUAAGAGAGAAGUAAAUGCAGCAUUAGAUGAAGAGAAUCAAACUCAGUGGAGAAUUUCAGUCUAUUCAGAUUAUGUUCCUGAAACAUCUGGAUAUUUGAAAUGUGGUGAUGUGAUUUGGUUACAUCAUUCUGAAACUAAUACAACAAUUGCAGCGACAAGAAAGGGUAAACCUGUAGACCAGAAGAACUUUCAAUAAUUUAAUUUGGUUGACUGGUUAAAAGUAGAAAAUGUGGAAUUAAAUGUGCUAAGUGGCUCAACUAAAGAAAGUUAUGAUGAAUAUACAGGAGAUACACAUUCGAUGUGGAUUAUUGAAUCAGAAAUAUAUAAAGAAGGAGGCAUUGUAGUAUUUGAUAAGAAAUAUAGAUUUAAACAUUUUACAUCAGGAUUGUAUCUAUCUGGAUUUAAAGAUAAAUUCACACUCGAUAAAUAGAGAGUUCCAACAACCUUAUUUUAUUUUAGUCAACUAAAGAAUUCUCAAGUAAGAGAAAAGUCUGUCAUGAGAGGUAGUUAUGUUUAUAUUUGUCAUGAUAAACCAAUUCCUACAGGUAAAAAUAAUAAUUAGAAUGAUGAAAACAGUUUUUGGGUUGAUAUUCAAUAUGGAAAAAAUCAACGAUACAUUCCAAUACUGCAUUAAGAAUAACAUAAAACUGAUUAAAGUGUUUUUAAAUUGUAUGCUAGUAGUAGCAAUGAUGUUUGGGAAAUUUCAUUUGUUUUAAGUUGCGCUAAAACUCUAACAAAUUAUCUUGACGAUUUGUAAAAAUUAAAAUGGGAAAAUGAUGCCUAAGAUAAGGAAGUUCUUAAAGAUCAUUUACUUAAGAUAUAAACCACUAAAUAAUGCAUUGAUGAUAUCAAUGAUUUUUGUAAUAAUAGAUUGUAUAAUUCAACACCUGAGUAGAAAUACGGAACUAUCAAUCCAUUUAGAUAAAAGUUAUUGAAGGAACAAUAUUACAUAGAUUUAUUGGUUAAAAUAUUAGUUUAAUAGUUAAAAACUGAAGAUCUUGUUAUUUGGAGUAGGAGAUAUAUGAUUAUUCAAAUGCAAGACAUACAAUAAUAAUAAGAAAAAAUGAGCAGCACAGAGUAGUAAACUAAUAAAAAACAAGGAUUAAAAGAUCAUGAAAUAUUGGCUUAUAUUGCAUUUAAAAUCACAUUGAAUCAAACUAUUUAUACAUUAUUGACAUCGAUUUGCAAAUAAAACCCUGAGAAUGAGCUGUAUACUUUUGAUUUAAUUGGGCAUUUCUUAGAACAUUGUAGGUACAUCCCAGAAGCAAUCAAAUGUAUGAUUUCAAUUAUUGGUAACAAUCAGGAAUUACUAAAUUAAUUAUCAUUGAAUAUGAAACUUGAUUAUAAUCCAAAGGAAUAAGAAUUUUUUGAGCCAGAAGAAGAGAAAAUGUAACUUCAUCAUAAUAAAAUUUAAAAUAAUUUCCUUAUUUUCUUCUUAAAUCUAUUAGAAACUGAUGAAUAAGCACAUAAGGCAGAUUUUUUAACUUUCCUUAGAGAAAUGUGUAUUUAUAAUAAUCAAGGGAUUAAUUCGAAUUAAGAGGCCAUUUAUAAAUUGUUAAAGAAGCAUAAUCACAAAAGGAUUUAGCUAAUUAAAGAUCGUGAAGAUCCAGAUAAGAUAUCUUUGAAAGAUGGGAAACUCAUUAUCCCAUUCAAAUUAUAGAAUGACCCUAAAGAGAUGUACUUUAUAAAUGAGCAGUUGUAAUUUUAUGCUGAUGUAUCUUAUGGGAGAAAUUAUCUGUGGAAACAUGAGUUGGAAUAAUAUUUUAGUAAAGACUUUUUAUUUCAAAAUAUUUGGUAAGAGGAUGCUAAUCGAAAUUACGCUGUUCUUUAGGCUGCUUUGUGUAAAAUUGCUAUGAGUCUUUAUAUUGAUCAUGAUCCACUCAAUAAAGUGUAAUUACCCAAAUAUUGUAAUCUUUAUAAAAGUAUUGAUAAGGCAAAUGAAGCUCAACAUAUGGGGCUAUUCACUUCUUUAAUUGAGGAUCUAUUCAAAUAUUUAUAAGAUAAUAAACAUUAAAUAGUGCUGGCAUUAGAUACUAAAGACGGUGGUGAUAAUAAAGAUUAUGAUGUAUUAGAUGCAAAUGAUGAAAAGAGUUUGUUGAUUAAUGAAUUGCUUUAUAAUUCUUGUUAGAUGAUGUUAUUAGUAUUAGAAUUGAAUGUAUUCUAAUUUUUAGAUAAGGAACCAAAUUAAUACUACAAAUAAAUAAUUGAUAUUGUUAUCCAUUAUUUUUUUUAUGAUUUUACCUAGUUGCCUUUGAUGAAGAGUGUAUAUAAAGUAUAAAAAUCAGAAAUCACUUAAAGAAAACAAAGAAAAGAAACUUUAGGUAUUGGUUUGAAUUUAGGAGCUAAUCUCAUUAGCAUGGCUAAUCCUAUGAACUUGGGUUUGAAUCUAAAUCUAUUUGGAUCAGAUGAAGAAUAAAAAUCAGAUGAUGAUGAUGAUGAAUAAAUUGAUGAGGGUAUUGUUGAUGAUGUCUAAAUGUACACUAAUCCCUUAAUGAGAGGAUUUAUCAAGUUAGAAAACGAACUCCAGAGUUCCUUAUCAACAAGAGAGGAAACUGGGUCAAGUUAAUUAGAGAUAAAAAUCAAAUUGACAUUGUGUGAUGUCAUGGAUAGAUUCUUAGAUAUGAGAUAAAAUUAUCUUAUGUUGAAUUGUUUGUCCUUUUUCAAGAAACAAAUUAUUGAAAAAAUGUAGGAAGGGAUCCAAUAAAUUAAAUUUUCUAAAGAUGAUGUAAAUUAAGAAUAAGAGGACACUAAAAUAUUAAUUUUUGUUCAGAGGAAAACAGAAUCAAAUUUAUUGGGGUUGUUACCAAAUAUAGCUAAAACUGGUUUAAAAGAAGUAGAUGAAAAAGAAGAGAAACAAGAUGCCUUUGGUAUUGGAGCAUUAAACUUUUUAAAUAAAUUAGCUGAAACAAAACCAGAAUCUGAAGAAUUCAAAGCUUUUACUUAGAAUGAAAUGCUAAUAUAUGAUUUGGAUUAAUACUUCUCUUUAAAUUUACCUCAAGAAGAUAUUAACAAGAUAAAUAAUCCAAUUGGAGUUGUUUUGCCAUAUUUAUUUACAAACUUCUCUUAGAUUCAUGAGGAGGAAUUAGAAAAGAGGUGUUUGGCUAUUAUUAUGAGGUUGUUUAAUUAGAGAGAAGAACUUUGUAAUAAUCUAUUAAAAUUGUAACUUGUAAGUGAUCCAAUUAAAAGUAAGCUCUAUGAAUUCCUAAGUGAAAAUUUAUAAAGAUUAAAUUAGUUGGUUGAUAGAUCCGAAGUAUGGCUUGCAGAGUAUAUUAAAAGCUAAAAAUAAGAUGACCUACAGGAAACUUUGGAUAUAAUCGAUAAUUUUAGAUAGGGAUUCUUUAAGGACACUCAAAUAUCAUAAAGGAUUAUUUCAAGAACUUCAGAAAUUGAUGGGGAAAAAUAAAACUUAAUGAAUGCCUUAAAGAUUCAUGUGCCUAUCCUAAAUUUAAUAAGAGAUCAAAUGCCAGCAUUAGAUUUCCAUCUUGAAAACAUCAAAAAUACACAAAGAAAGUAAAGGUUGGCUUAAUUGUUCAUAUAUGCAUUUUAAUUUUUAACAUAUUUUUGCAGAAAUAAUCAUGAGAAUUAGAUUGUGUUAUCAUAAUAUAUAUCCUCAUUUGAAAACAUGCAUUUGGAAGUAGGAUAGAUCCCAUUAAUUUGCGAAAUUUAUAAAGAUAAUCAGAAACUUUUAACUUCUAUAAACAGAAAUGAUAGAGUUUUUCAUAGAUUUGUAGAAUUAAUUUAUCAAAGUGGGAGAAAAGCUCAAUUUUUGGACUUUUUCCUUACAAUAAUAAAAUAAGGGAAUAAAUAUAUUUUUGAUAAUUAAUUACUAGUAUUGAAUACCUUUCUAGAAAAAGAAGAACUAUUAUUUAUAGAAAAGAAUGAAUUCGUAUUUGAAGGCGAUAUAUAAUUGCACUAAUCAGACUUUCUAACAGAUUUAGCAACUAAUCCUCCAAUGAAUUAGCCAUUUCUGUAUCAUGCUAAGUUAUUGGACUUAUUGCUAUAAUGUACACAAAUUCAAGUACUUGAAGGUGAUUAGAAAGAUAAUUUUACAAUUAAUGUAGCAAAAUUAAAAAAGAAAUUUACUGCUCAAUACCUGAUAUAAUUGUUGUGCAAAUCAGAUUCUUUAAUGAGUCAAAAUCCCUCUCUUUAAGAAUAAGGAUUUGGAUUAAUUAAAAAAUAAUUAUGGAUAUUUUUUAUGAAUAUACACAUUACUAGUGAAAAGAGUCAUAAUGUUGGUAAGGAAAUUAAGAAUGAUCUUAUAAAGAUGAUAGAAUUCGAGACAAAUAGGUUGGAUAAUAUUUAAUUUGAGCACUAAUAAAUGAAAUACUUUGAUUUCUUAAUUGAAGCUGUCUUACCAUUGUUUACAACUUAUUUGAUUAGAAAAAACAUAUAAAUCCAUCAGGAUGAAGAUGAGGAUGGGAAUGAUUAAGAACAAAAGGAUAUUGCAGCAUUAUAGCAAUUUGCAAAGUCUUUAUCAUAAAGAAUAUUGCAACUUGGAAAGUAUUUUAAUAGAAAAAAGUAUGUGACCAUCUUAAUUGCAUUUUAUUCUUAUUUUCCAUUGACAACAAUGGGCAAGGUUUGUUAAUCUGUCUUAGGUUAAUCAAAACUGAUGGAAGAUCUUGGAGAAUAUAAUAAUUUCAGAGAUGUGUUAUCGAAUAUUCAGGCGGGGGUUAAUGAUAAUUAUUAGGUAGAUCUAAAUGAAUAAGUUAAUCAUUUCUAGAAUGGACCUUCAUAACAUCACUUGGAUCAUCCUACUCCUAAAACCAUUUUCCAAAGCAACAACCUUAAAUCGAGAAUAGGUCUUAUGUCAGCACUUUCAUCAAAUAAAAAAUAGAAAGAAGAACCUCUUAUUGAAUUUGAGAUGGCAGAUGCCGAAAAAGCAGAAAUUGAAAAAAUCUCAGUUGCUUGGGAAGAAUUUGUUAAUCAAUUAUGCUUAAGUGAUAAAAGUAAAACACAUGUAUAAGAUGAACUGCAAAAAUUAUCAGAGGCUAUUGUUAAGUUUGAAUAGUAUUUUGGAAAUCCAAGUGACAAAAAUGAAAAAAAUGAAAAAAUAUUGAAAGUUGAAUAAGUGAUACUUAUAAAAAAGUUCAUUAAUUUUUUGAGUUAUGCAAUAAAUAGUAGUUAGAAUAAUAAAACUAUUAUAACUUUGUUAGGAGUUUUAAGAAAAGUGAUUGAAGGAAGGCCUGAAUAGGAAUAAUAAAAAGAAGUUGAAGUUGAAGGAGAAAAAAAUGAAAUGGAAGAAAUGCAAAAUUUAUUCAAUAAAUUAGGAGCCACUAGGAUGGUGUUAACAGUUUUAAGUGAAUCAAUUAUCCUUGAUGGAGAAAUGCUAAGAAAUUUCUUAAUGUUUAUCAACACUCUGCUAUCAGGUGGUAAUAACAAGGUAUAAAAAACAAUUUUUGAGUUCAUGAAGACUUAUCCAAAAAGUGAAGUCAUCUUUAGUAGAUUAAAUAAUGUCAUUCAGGCAUAGAUCAAAUAAAUCACAAUCAAAGAAAAAGACAAAAAGACUGAAGAAUAAUAAUUAGGUAAUUUCCCUCAAUAAUAACAACAAUAAGAGGAUAACGUGUAAGAAAUAAAAUAAUAGUAAGAUUUAGAAUUAUUAUUAACUCAAGUCUUGAGAUUCUUAUAAAAUUGUUGCGAGGGACAUUAUCUUGAUUUACAAAACUAUAUCCGAUAACAAACAAAUUCUAGAAAUUCGUAUAACAUGAUUAAUUAAGUGGCUGAAUUAUUACUAACUUAUUAUUAUAAAGAUAGAGCCUAGUAUGAAAAUAUGGUUCUAUGUUUGGACACUUUAAAUGAAUUAGUCUAAGGCCCAUGUCCUGAAAAUUAAAUAGCAGUUGCUGAUUCUAAAUUCUUUGAAAUAGCUUCAGAUUUGUUUGGGUAAAAAAAGGAGAAAGACAAUACAAGUAAAACUUAAAUUAUGACAUCAAAUAUAAAAACUUCGAAAACUUAAAAUAACAAAAUGAUGACUACUAAGACUAGUAGAUAUCAAAAAUAACAGAAAGGAUCUGAUUUAAAAAAUUGGUAAAUUGAAAGAAUGCAAACCAAAUGUUUGAUUUUGAUUCUUUCUUUAAUUGAAAUGAGAGAAAUAUCAGAUUCAAAUCCAAUCAUCAAAAGAAUAAUGAGACAUUUAACACCACCUUUAUUAGAAAAACACAUGGUAAGUUGUUUUCAUAAGUAUGAAAAGUAAUGUAAAGAAGGCUAUUAGAUUGAAGUCCUAGAUAGAAUUAAAGAAGAUCCCGAAACUGCAAAAUAAGAAGAUAAAGUAAAAGAAGAGCAAUACUAUGAAUUAAUAUUGUAGAAAGGCUUUUAUAUUUAUUUUUUAAUGUGUUAUUAUAUGGAAUCUGAGAAGAAUGUUGAGAAUUCAUUUGUUUAAAUGUAUAGGGCGAAUACAAGAAAGAAACUUAAGUAAGACAAAGGCACAUUAGAAGAUUUGUUAUUCGGAGAUAAUAUAAUUGGGUAACUUGUAAGUUUUGUGAUGUCAUUCGCAAAUAGUUGGAUUGAUUUAAUGAAUCAAAUCAAGAAAGAAGCUUAAAAACAGAUGGCUACUUAAGUGUAGUCAAGCGAAUAAUAAGAAAAACAAGACAGAGAAAGAAGAGCUGAAAAGGAAAAGAUGAAGAGAAGAGCAUUUGAUUUUUUCUAUAAAAAUAGUGCUUCAAUAGAAGUUGUUAGAAACAAUGAAAUAGAAAUUGUGUAUUUUAUACUCUUGCCAUAUACUCAUAAUUUACCUAAAGAACAGAAGAUAGAAUUUCAUGAAAAUGUCGAUAGAUCAUCUACUAAAUCGAAGGUGUAAUUUUUGGUUUAGGAAUCAGAAAGAUUAAUUGAAAUAUGUGAACAUGAGGAACAAUUAAGACGUAUCUUCUAAAGAUAGAAGUUUCUAGCUUUAUUUGCAAAUUAUGUGAAAUUAUGGAAGGAUUUAGCAUUUUUAUUCACCUUAUUAUUAAAUUUAUUCAUUAUAGGAUCAUUUGCUUAAAAUGAAUCAGGAAAUAGGAUUACAGAUUUCCGAUUGUUUAGAGAUGAGUAGUAUUCACCAUAGCAGACUAGGAAUAUAUUUUUGAUUUGUGGUACUAUUAUGGCUUGUUGUUCAAUUUUUGUGGUUUCAUUCUUUUUGUUUAAGAAUGCUCCGUUAAUUAUUAAGAAGGCCUGGAAAACUAAAUUACCAUUUGAAGAUAAGUUUACUUAUUGGCCAAUACAAUUGAUUUAUAAGAUAUUUAAAUUGCUAGCAGUUUUGUUUUAUAUUCUCAAAGAGAUAGAAGUCGUUUAUUAUUUAGCAUAUGGUGCCUUGGCUGUAAUAGGAACAGUAUUGCACCCUUUCUUCUUUAGUUUUCAUUUAACAGAGAUAUUGAUCCGUUAUCCAACUUUAAAGAAUGUUAUUAGAUCUGUUUGGGAACCUAAAUAACAAUUAGCACUUACACUGGUACUUUUCAUAAUUCUUGUUUAUGUUUAUGGACUGAUAGCCUAUACAUUCUUUUUUGAAGAUUACAAAGGAAAAUGCUAGUCGACAUUGUUUUGUUUUCUAUUUACAUUUGAUUGGACAUUUAAAGCCAAUGGUGGAGUUGGAGGAUAUUUAUCAGAUUUGGAAGAUGAAAAUGUAGUUGAAAAAUAUCAUGUGGGUAGAUACGUAUUUGAUAACACAUCAAAUAUUUUCUUAGUUAUAAUCAUGGUUAAUAUUGUGGCAGGUAUUAUUAUUGACACAUUUGGUUCAUUAAGAGAAGAAGAAACUGAAAAGGUUAGGGACAUUGAAGAUAAAUGUUUUAUUUGUGGAAAUCUUAAGACCAUCUUUGAUAGAUUAACAGACACAUCAUCGAUGGGUGGAGGUUUUGAUCAUCACAUCAAAGUUAAUCAUUAUAUGUGGAAUUACGUUUUCUUCAUGGCAUAUCUCAAAUACAAAGAUCCAACAGAUUAUACUGGAAUUGAGUAGUUCGUUUCGGAUAAAAUAUAGAAGAAAGAUCUGACAUGGUUCCCAUUCAAUAAAGCUAGAGAACUAUAAAAUCUCAAUCAGGAUGAAGAAGAAGAAUCCAAAAAGAUCGAACGCAUAUCCAAAGAUAUUGUCAAUAUUGUAGAUACUAUGAGAUAAGCUAGUUAAAUGCUUAACUCAAUAAAAAAUAGAAAAAAAUUAAAGAAUGCUGCAAAAUAACCUGCUGACUUGCUGUGA